AUGUUAAGGGUGAACGUGAAUAAUAAAUCUACUGUUUCACCUGGAAAGUCAGGCGACUAUUCCAGUGACAAUAACCACGACGUUGUGGAAAACACACAUAAUAAUGAUAUACCAGAUGAUAAUAUUCUAUCUGCUAAUAAUAACAAUUAUAAUAUCCAUAAAAAUAAUGUAAAUUCUGCAAUUGAGAUUAAAGAUAAUAGUAUUAGUAGUAGUGGGGAUAACAACGAUAUAUCUACUCUUCACAUUACAGUUUCAGAUAACUCGACGAAUGUUUCUCUUUCAAAAAAUAAUAGCAAUGAUGAUGACAAUUAUGUUGAAUAUGAAAAGUAUAACUUAAAUAAAAAAAGUAGUAGCGAUAAUUUUUUAUCGCAUAAAUCUGAUCAUAGCGUAUCUAUACAUGCUCAAGAAAAUGAAGAAACAUAUAAAGAAAGAACAAAAUACAAUAAAAAAAAAAGUAGUUUUUUUCAUGAAAAAUCUCCAGAAUUUAAUAAUAAUUACCCUUCUUACUUUAACACCUUGAAUGAUAAUACAGUUAAUAAUCCCAAUCGGAAUUAUAUGACAGUCCCUCGGAAAAAUAAAUUUGAUAGUGAUGUUCAUUUACAUAAUAUGGAUAAAUUAGAUGGUGCUAAUCGCGUAAACGAAAUAAAUUCUGCUAACUGUGAUAUAUCUUCUAAUGAACAUAAUGAUGAUAAAAGAAACAUAAGUAACUGUGGAAGUGAUGAUUAUUCUUCCCAACGUGUGGAUAACUCGGGGCAACCUAAUAAAGAUCUACAAAUGGAAAACGAAAUAAAGUCAUGUAAACUUAGUCAAAAUUGUGAAAAUAGCCCGUUAGACAAAAACCAAAAAAAAACAGAACAAAUGGAUAGAUCAGGUGAAAAAAGAUUAAGUGAAGAUAUUGAAACUUACAAUACGCAUUUAUGUAACAAUGGAAGAAAUGAUACACACAGAUAUAAUUACAUUACACAAGAUAUACAUCAGGAUUUUCAUGUUAAUCGAGAGAGAGCUAUGAGUCACGCGAAAAUAUUUGAUUAUGUAGAAUAUAAUAAUGGUCCAGAUAAUAUAAUAUGUAGACAAAAAGAUAAAAGAAAAAAUACUUUUAUUCCCAAAUAUAAAAAUUUAUCAGCUAAGGAAAUUCAUUAUAACAGUUUGUCAGGAAAUGACAACAUAACUAUUUUAGCUGCUAAUAAAAUAAAAUUAGAUCUUAAUAAAUUAUCGGAAUCGAAUCAAGAUGCUCUACCAGAUGUUUAUCCUUUUCAUUUGUCUAAAGAUUUAAAAAGUGAAAAGAAUGAAGAUAAGCUAGUACAUUUAGAAAAAUUAUAUCCAACUAACUAUAAUUAUAUAAAUAAUUAUAGUAAAAAUAAUUGUGAUAUAACAAUACAGCAGAGAAGAUACAACAUGAACUCAAGUCAUAUAUUUGACUAUGAUGAAUAUGAAAAGAAAGAAGAAAAUAAUGAAAAAAAUAAUCCUAUAAAUAUAGAAUCAUAUAUGGAUAAACAAAAUAUAGACACAGAAAAAGAAGAAAAAAGAAAGCUAAACCCAUUCUAUACUGAUUUAUUUGGUAGAAAAACUCCAGAUAUAAAUCAGAAUGUACAAUGUGAAAAAAUUAUGCCAACUACUAUGAACUGUAAUUGGAUGUAUUGUCCUGUUGAUGGUAAAAAGUACACAGCACAAAUGUACAAAUCAGCUGAAUAUUUGGAAUACAACAGAAAAGAAAAUUUCCAUAGAAAAUCCUAUUUUGAUAAAGAUGGUUAUGACAAAAAACAACGUCUUCUCGAAGCAAUGCAAAAAGGAACAAGGGCUUCAUUACAAGUACAUCUACAAUCCAAUUUACAGGAUGAUAAAACUUAUAAUCUCGAAUAUUAUAAUAAUGUUGAAGCAACUUAUUUAUCCUUACAAAAUAUUAAAGAAUCCUUAAGUGAUGACGAAAUAAAGCAAGUCAUAAAAAAAAGCGGUGCAUACAUAGUUACGUAUGAACCUGAAUAUGAUCUAUUUUCCAACAAGAGAAAGAGUAACGCCAAAUUAGUAAUAAGGCAUGCUAAUGGGAAAGAAACCCUAAAUUUAUUAUUAAGUUUGUUAUCUCAGCUAGAUAUAAAAGCUCAAGUUAUGUGA